CAGAAGACGCUGUUAGACAAAGACCUAACUCAUCUUUCAUUGGAAUCUCGGCGUGAGUGCGCCAUAGAGGUACAACAUGAAUUCGGUGCUAUUUGUCUUUUGUUGUUUGCUGGCUUUAAAUUCUAUACAAGCUCACUAUUGGACAACUUGGUAUGAUCGAGACAACCCUAGUGGUAACGGGGAUUAUGAGACUCUGUAUGAACAAAAGAAACUAGGUUACGUCUGUGGCGGAUGUAAACCCAUCGGGGCAGAGUGUCGCGUGAGGGGAUCAGUUUAUACGUUCACGCGCUGGUAUGGGACAGCUCCAGAUAAAUUAUCGAUUCACUGUCUACCCACCAAAGGUCUGGCGUGUGUCAACUCCCAGCAACCCGACUUAUCCUGCAAUGACUAUGAGAUAAGAUACUUGUGCCCUACUACGUCUGGAACAUGGACAAGCUAUUUAGAUAGGGAUAACCCUAGUGGCACCGGCGACUGGGAGAACGUGGCGGCUUUUAGGGUAAGGUUACCCAAGUGUCAUUAA